AUGCAGGGAGUAGAAUCUGCUUUGUAUGAUGUUUUCCCCAAAUCAGUCAGGAGGGUCUGUGCUCAGCAUCUGUAUACCAACUGCAGACAAGCUGGAUACAGUGGCACAGCCUUCCAUGACUUGUUCUGGGUUGCUGCUGAUGCAUACAAUCCAUAUGUCUUCAACAAAGCCAUGGAAAAGAUUGGCAAACUCAUCCCAGAAGCAGUGGGAUAUCUUGACAAAGUGCCUGAACAGUGGUCCAGACACAAGUUUGAUGUUGGGGUCACUUGUGAUCACAACACCACCAACUUUGUGGAAUCCUUCAACGCGUGUACCAAACCCUUUAGGGAUCUUCCUGUUUUGUCACUUCUUGAAGAAAUAAGGUCUUGGUGCAUGACGAAGAUCGGGGCCAGAUUUGAUAAAGCUGUUGACAUUGGACCCGAUCAAUUGACGCCAUAUGCUACUAAGGAGCUUGAAGAGAGGAGUGCUGACUCGAGGUUCUGUUAUGCAACUAAUGCUGGGGGGGGUGAAUUUGAGGUUUUAGAUGGUCAUGUGAAGUUCCCUAUUAGGCUUGCUGCUAGAGUUUGUGGUUGUGGGAAAUGGCAAGGGUGUGGUAUACCUUGCAAGCAUGCUAUUAGGGUAAUAUACCAUCAAAGACUCAAUCCUACAGAUUUUGUUUCUCCUUACUUCAAAGGGGCAGCCUAUAAGCUCACAUACUCAGAGCAUAUUCACCCCAUGCCUGACUCAACACAGUGGCCUACAUUUGAGCUACCUAGGAUUCUUCCCCCACUAAUGAGAAGGGCAGCUGGCAGACCAGCCAAGCAGAGAAGAAGAGGUGCUCAUGAGAAGAAGAGGGGGAAAAGAAACACCACUGUCAAGUGUGGGAAAUGCAAGCAAAUUGGGCAUAACUCAAGAACCUGUAAAGGAGGUUCCACUGCAAAACAGAGGAAAGAAUUUGCUGCAGCUGCUGCUGGUUCUGCUGGUGCAUCAACAUCUGGUGCUAGGAAGAGGAAGGCUCCAACAUCUAAUGCAUCGAGCAGCAAGAAGUCCAAAGCUGCAUAACUAGAAGUAAGCUUAGGAUUCAGUUUAGUAUUUCUGUUUUAAAGCUUAGGUUUAUUUUGAAAAACAACUUAGGUUGUGGCACAUUUUGGCAUUUUUUUGUAAAGCUACCCACAACUUGAUGUUCGGUUUAUUUUGGAAACAAACUAUUUCAGUUACGAGUUCAAAGACUUGCAUAUUAUUGAUAAAUGAAAUUCAUGUGCUCGUGCCAUUACAACCAUCAUUGUUUGUCUUGAUUACUUCUUUACUACAAACAUUAGACACAAAAACAUUACAAUUCCUAUUUUAAUUGCUGCAGCUUGGAAUUUUUUGAGCUCUUUCACUCUUUUCUUCAGUUUCUUCAGUUCGUCACUUAUAUUGUCGUUGUCUUCCGAUGUUCCCUCAUACUCUAUAUUGCUCUGUUGCUGUUGGUGUUGUUGAUUUUGGUGUAGAACACUUCCUUU